AUGUUUUUGAAGACAACUUUGAUUUUACUUGCUUUCAUCUCUGUUGUAUACAGUCAAACAGAUGAUGAAGAAUCAUUUUUAUUCGUUACAAAACAAACAGUCAAUCGAUUCAUUGUACAAGGCAAAGAAUUAACCAUCAAAUAUGGUUUAUACAAUUCUGGCCCAACAACUGUUUUCAAUGUUAAUUUGAAUGAUGUUCAUAGUUAUCCAAGCAAAUAUUACGAAUUACUCGUCGGUACACUCAAUCCGAAAUGGGAACGAAUCAAUGCAGGAGCUAAUCUAACUCACGUUGUUGUCUUGAAACCAAAAGAAAGUGGAAUCAGUAACAGUUCACAUGCCAUCGUUACAUACCAAAAGAGUGAAAAGAACGCUGAAGUCCAAAGAACUUAUUCAUCUGAAAUCGGCGAUGUUUACAUCAUGACAGGUCGCGAAUACGAUCGACGAUUCUCAUCCCAUGUUAUCGACUGGAUACUCUUUACUGCUAUGGCCAGUCCAUGCAUCGUCUUUCCAUUCUUUCUUUGGUUUAACAGCAAACGCAAAUAUGAAUUAUUAGCAUCGAAAGAUAAGGCAACAAAAAAAGCCCAAUAG